UUAUUGUCCAGUAGCUACAGGAACAUAAAAGCAGCCAUUGUCAGCGAUCUGUGGCACGAGGAACAAUCAGUCUGUGCCAGAGAGGCUGAGAAGGUUUCACAAUGUCGGACGAGGAGCCCAGUAUCCCCAGGCCUCUGCAUCCCAAGGCAGAAGCCAAGCCGAAGUCAAAGAUUUCGGCAUCCCGGAAGCUCUCGCUAAAGAUCCUGCUCCUGACCCGGGCCAUGGAGGAUCUGGAGAAGGAGAAGAUGGAGCGGAACGAGGAGAAAGUGCGAUACCUGGCGGAGAAGCUGCCCCCUCUGCAGCUAUCGGGGCUAUCAAUGGACGAGAUGCAGAAACUGUGCAAGCAGCUUCAUGCGAAAAUUGACGUCGUGGAUGAGGAGCGUUAUGACUGCGAGGCCAAAGUUAUGAAGAACAACAGAGACAUCCAUGAGCUUAAGCUGAAGGUGCAGGACCUAGGAGGAAAGUUUAAGAAGCCGGCGCUGAGGAAGGUGCGUGUGUCGGCGGAUGAGAUGAUGCGUGCCCUGCUGGGCUCCAAGCACAAGGGCUCCAUGGACCUGCGCGCCAACCUCAAGUCCGUUAAGAAGGAGGACAUCAAGCAGGAGAAGGUCCUGACCACCGAGGUGGGAGACUGGCGCAAGAACGUGGAGGCCAUGUCAGGCAUGGAAGGCAGGAAGAAGAUGUUUGAUGCUGCUGGAGGUGGCCAGUGAGGCCUCUCCCCCAGCGUGAAAAAAGAGGAGGAAGAAGGCUGAACUGAAUGGGGUUUGGGGGGGUGGGGGGGUAUGUACUGCUGAGCACAGCCUGGAAGAGCAGAGCAUACAAAGUGCAGAGCUUCUCAGUGACAAUCAUGCAUCAUCUGUGGCACCAGCGUGUGUCUGCCUGCAUGUGAACAGAGGCGCUUGGGAGAGCAGACACUCGCCUCAGAGCAGCGGCAGGGGCGGAGCCCUGCGUGAGCACAAAGUUCACUUUACUUCUGUUGCUUCUGGAAGUUUGUUCUCAAUCCAGAAUUUAAUCACUCAGCACUAUUUGCUUUACAGCCAGAUGCUUGCUGUUCCCAAAUUUACAAGGAAGUCGUCUCACAUAAAUCAAAAAAAGGUUGGGCCUUUAUCCAUCUAUAUCUAUGAUAUUUAUUUCUCCGUGUACUUUUUUAAUUAAAGAGGUGUUCAGCAAACUGGA